AUGUUGAUUGGUGUAUUCGAAAGAUGCUUCUCGGUAUUGUACCAUUUUGAAAAUGCAUGCCGACCGACGAGUCCAUCCUUGUUGAAGGAGGAUACUUGGAGACGGACUUCUGAACAGAUGCCUCCAAAGUCGAAGAAGGCCGAGACCACCGCUGCCGUCGCUGCUCCUGCUGCCGAGGAGCCAGCUCCAGCUGAGCCAGCUGCUCCAGUCGAGGAGCCACCAAAGGCAGAAGAGCCAUCUGCCGCGAAGCCUGCCGACAAAAAGCAGGUUGUCACCAAAUCCGGUCGGGCAGUCCGUGGUGCCGGAAAAAAAACGGUAGCUAAGAAAGCAGCUAUCGCUGACUUGUUACGACCAGCAACCGAUGAGGAGAUGCAAUUAUUCAAACAUCAACUCGCUAUUUUUAAUGAACAACUUAAAGAAUUGACAAUUCCACAGUUGAAGGUAUUCUGGACUAAGUUUUGGCAGACAAUUAUGUCAUUUACCAAAUUUUCGCAACCUCCCGUACUCGCUGACAAGAAAACAUGGAAGGAUUUCAUGGAUGUUUGGCGAAACAGUUUCUUGCUCCCCGAAGAGCUUGUGCAAUGUCCGAUGUGUCCAGAAACAAGAGGACCAAGUGAUAUGAAACUAAUCAGAAAGCUCUCUACUCACUUCUAUCAUGACCACCAUGUAUGCUUCCGUUGCCUUGAACCCCGGUUCUCUUCGAUGCAUUUGUGUACUGAACUUCCCUCCGUUGCUCCUGCUGCCGAGGAGCCAGCUCCAGCUGAGCCAGCUGCUCCAGUCGAGGAGCCACCAAAGGCAGAAGAGCCGUCUGCCGCGAAGCCUGCCGACAAAAAGCAGGUUGCCACUGUCACCGAAUCCGGUCGGGCAGUCCGUGCCGCAAAGAAGCCGUUGCCGACACCAGCCGUCGAGUCGAACCAGGAGAAGGAGGACGACGAGUAUCAAGGUGAUAAGGACGAUGAAGAGGUCAACUUUGAGGCGGUUCCAACGAAGAAGGCUCGUGGAAAACGAAGCUACGACGAAGACGUCGACUAUGGAAAGGCGAAGAAGUUUGGUAGAAAGACUGAUGUCAAGAAAAGUGGAUCCAAGCCAUCCAAUAAAACUACGGCUCGCAAGAACGUUCCAUCCGAGUCUGAGGAGGAAGAAGAAGAAGAUGAGGAGGAGGAAGAGAAGGAGGAGAAGAACAAUAAGGGAGCAGGAAAAAAAGCUCACGCUGAAAGCAACGGAGACUCUUCAGAUGACGAGGCUCCAGCUCGUAAGGCACCUCAACGCGCUGGCAUGUCGGGAGCUCCACCAUCGGCUCGUCUUGCCGCCAACAAGAAGAAGAACGAGGACUCGGACUAG